GGAAGCUUCCGCCAGUAGUCGGUACUCAACCGACUUGUACACUUCACGUCGCCGUGCGAGAAGUGCGGGAGUGAAGUUAACAAAUAUUAGCAUUUGCACGGUGAAGCCAAAUCGCGCAUUCAAUAAAGAGGUGCGCGUGUCAUUGUUAAUAAUAACAUUUUCACCUGAACAAGUGACAUUAUACCGAGAUGAGUAGUCUUUUGAAGCUUUCGUCUUUACUGGCGAGAAACCCUCCCACAACGACGUUGAACAAAUUUGGAUUACCAGUUAUUACAAAUCGCAAACUUCAUUAUACACCAGAUGGCAAAGCUGCAAAAAUCUCAGACAAUGUUUCUAAGCAUUAUCCAUUAAUAGAUCAUACUUAUGAUGCUGUUGUUGUGGGUGCUGGUGGAGCAGGAUUGCGUGCAGCUUAUGGCUUAGUCGCUGAAGGAUUCAAAACAGCGGUCAUUACUAAACUAUUUCCUACAAGGUCACAUACUGUUGCUGCUCAAGGAGGUAUCAAUGCUGCAUUAGGUAAUAUGGAGGAAGAUAACUGGCAGUGGCACAUGUAUGACACAGUUAAGGGAUCUGACUGGUUGGGUGAUCAGGAUGCUAUUCAUUAUAUGACACGUGAAGCACCAAAGGCAGUCAUUGAAUUGGAGAAUUGUGGCAUGCCUUUCAGUCGAACUUCAGAUGGUAAAAUAUAUCAACGUGCUUUUGGUGGACAAUCCCUGAAAUUUGGGAAAGGUGGUCAAGCUCACAGAUGUUGCUGUGUAGCAGACAGAACAGGUCAUUCUCUACUUCAUACAUUAUACGGUCAAUCAUUAAGCUAUGAGUGCAACUAUUUUGUCGAAUACUUUGCUCUGGAUUUACUAAUGGAGGAUGGAGAGUGCAGAGGUGUGAUUGCUCUUUGUUUGGAGGAUGGUACACUCCAUCGUUUUCAUGCUAAAAACACGGUACUAGCAACUGGAGGCUAUGGGCGUGCAUAUUUUUCUUGUACAUCUGCUCAUACAUGCACUGGUGAUGGCACUGCAAUGAUAUCUAGAGCUAAUUUGCCAAAUCAGGACUUGGAAUUUGUGCAAUUCCAUCCUACUGGAAUAUAUGGAGCUGGUUGCCUCAUCACAGAAGGCAGUCGCGGUGAAGGAGGCUAUCUCGUUAAUAGUGAAGGUGAAAGGUUUAUGGAACGUUAUGCACCAGUCGCGAAAGAUUUAGCCUCUAGGGACGUUGUAUCUAGGUCUAUGACUAUAGAAAUCCGGGAAGGCAGAGGUGUUGGUCCAGAGAAAGAUCAUAUCUAUUUGCAACUCCAUCAUUUACCUCCUGAACAGUUAGCAGCCAGGCUACCUGGUAUUUCAGAAACAGCAAUGAUAUUUGCUGGAGUUGAUGUAACAAGAGAACCUAUUCCUGUUAUACCUACGGUACAUUAUAAUAUGGGAGGAAUACCUACAAACUACAAAGGUCAGGUUCUAACAAGAAAAAAUGACCAGGAUACAGUUGUGCCUGGACUAUAUGCCUGUGGAGAAUCAGCUUGCGCAUCUGUUCAUGGUGCCAAUCGUCUUGGUGCAAAUUCAUUAUUAGAUUUAGUUGUGUUUGGUCGUGCUUGUGCUAAAACAAUCGCAGCGGAAAAUAAGCCAGGAGAAAUUAUUGGUCCUCUGAAACCUAAUGCUGGAGAAGAAAGUGUAGCAAAUUUGGAUUGGGUUAGAAAUGCAAAUGGCAGUAUUUCUACGGCAGAAUUGAGAUUAAGCAUGCAGAAAACUAUGCAAACCCAUGCAGCCGUAUUCAGAACAGCUGAAACAUUACAAGAAGGCUGUCAGAAGAUGUCUGCUUUAUACAACAAGUUGAGCGAUCUGAAGGUGUCGGACAAAUCUAUGAUCUGGAAUUCUGAUCUUGUAGAGUCUCUUGAAUUACAAAACUUAAUGAUCAAUGCUAUGCAAACAAUAGUAGCUGCGGAAAAUAGGAAAGAAAGUCGCGGGGCUCAUGCACGUGAAGAUUUUAAAGAUAGAAUCGAUGAAUACGAUUAUAGUAAACCGAUAGGAAACCAGAAGCCCAAAUCACUGGAUCAACAUUGGCGAAAACACACACUUACAAAAAUCAACCCCCGAACAGGCGAAGUAUCUAUUGAGUUCAGACCAGUUAUAGAUAGUACUCUAGAUAAACAAGAAUGUGCGACGGUUCCACCUGCAAUUCGUUCCUACUAGAAUUCUGUUCGAAGACGGAACGAUCGACAAGAAGAAGUUACCAAUAUCCUAUCACUACAAUGCAGCAACUUUAUUUAUUACUGCACGUGAACCAUGUCGUACACCAAAGUGUAAUUCUUGUCAAUACUUGCACGCGUUGCAAGCAAGAUUAGUUGUCCUUGUAGGAUAAUGGUGCUGAGAUUCUCUUUAUUAUUUCAAAGAAGAGUUUGACCGAUCUCUUAGCAAAUCAGUGCUGCGUUUAUGUAAACUAAAUAGUAAAAUAUUUUAGCGUGAUUUAGGCAGCAAAUAAUUUCACGCACAGAUUUUUUAAAGAGCAACGUUGCCCUUACCUUUAUGUAGUCUUUUCAGUAUUUGUCUCUUUGUGUAAUUCUCAGUCGGAAUGUCUUUUUCUACCGAACAGUUUUGCAAAUUGUACCCAAUAAUAUUAAGAACUAUAUAAUGGAGAUAUUUUGUACGAUAAUUUAUGAGUUAAUAUUCUCUAAAAAUUGUACAGCAAAAGUAUGCCACUUUCAAUGCGGCUAUAUACUUAAAGUUCACAGGUCAAUAUAGAAACAGUCUUAAUUAAAGAGCAACAACUAGACUUAAUGUGUUUGUGAUCAAAACUCCCCAGUAUUUGAUAUUUGAUAGUAAAAUUCAUUCUUUUCUGAUAUAGCAUAAUUUUGUCCAUGUUUUUAGUUUGGAGUGCUUAUUUCAGUACUUAUUUCAGCAUUCAAUAUAUAGUAUGGUUUGUAUCUUCUUUGAUGAUCAAUCUAUUUCUACAUUGGCUAUUACAGCAGUGUAUUAUUUUUAUCGUACUAUAUAUUUCAUGAAAUAUACAAAUAAGUAAUCUUGAAAUAAGAAAGUGCAUAAACAGAAUAAUGUACUUUGAUAUAAUCCAACAUGAGUGGAUAUGCUACACAGCAUAAUAAAAAUGUACAUAAAAUUGUCAAUAAAAGAGAAACCUUCAUAUA